AUGGCGGCCAGUGUCCCAGAUGAGGAAAAAGCUCCAGCAGACCCGAGAGGCAAACCACACACAGCAACCGCACAAACCCAAGCCGCAGCCGAAGCAGAGGCGGGUAGAGACCCAGAUGCAGACAUAGCCCAAGCAGACACGGGGGACGAACCGGGCGACGACAAUGACCCAUCGGACUCAGAGGACGACCCUGACCCAGACAAACCACGAUCCAGCGAAGGGCAUGGAAGCCAGAGAGUCCAAAACAAAGCGUCCAAAUACGUAUGGAAGCAGUCAGAUCGUGCCACCCGCCAGGCACGACCCCCGCCCCAAGGCCAAACUGGGCCGGGAUGGGGAAUCAUCUAUCGAGACCAAAUCCGACAGCAGAACCAACAGCAAAGCCGAAGCCAGAGCGCGGGGAGCGAACCCACGCACAGACCGAGCAGCAGCAGUGCAACCUCACGCAGCCAACACACCAACCGCGACAACAGCAACCCGGACUGGGCGGACCUGCUGAACCGCCACACGCUGCCGUGGGGGACAUACGGUGCCCCAAGACCUGACACCAGCCCACCCGGCACCAACCGCGACCAGAGAGAGGGGACCACACCAGACCAGCAGCCCGCGGAGCAGCCGACGAUACAGGAGACAUGGCAACUCUGGACAGGAGAAACCCACCCGGCCAGCUCCACGCAGCAAACCUCCGACCUUGACACAGCACAACCCGCAGACGAUACAGCACAUACAGCCUCCACCGAAGCACAACCACAAGCCACACCGGACACCGCCACAGCUGACAACACCAUUCUACCGUGGGAAGCUCAACUGCAGGACGAAUGGGCAGACGAAGGCACAGCAGUCACUGCACCGCCGCUUACGGCGGGAAUCGUCGCAACCUUCACAGCCAUAAGUGACACGCACUGGGUGCUGGAAGUUACAGAAGACACUGCCGAGGACGCUCAAGCAGCUGACAUGCAGCCACUACCACCACCACCACAACCAACACAGCUCGAGCCGACAACCCUGGGGGACAUGAGCAUGGAAGCCGACAGCUCAGCAGACAACCCUCAACAACACGCAACCACAGCUCAAGCACCACAACCACAGCACCAAGGCAGCGAUACAAACCCGGACCCGACCCACGAACGCUCGUGGCAAAGGGUAGAGAGACACCUGGAGGAGAUACGCCGCAUCAUCAGCUCGCAUGGAGGGACAACUGCAGAAGCCAUCAUGCGCAAUGCAGACAUGGCACUCAUGCACCUUCUGGUUGACACACCGACAGCAGAAGAGCUGGCAGCUACACAAGACUACAACAACCCGCAAGCGGGGGGACAGGCUGCACGCAUCGCUACAGCAGCAUUGCAGAACAUAGCACGCCAACAGAUGUCUCUCGGGGGAUCGUGCAUUAGCUACGGACAACUAGAACCACAUGUAGCAGCUCUCAUGCAAUGGCUUUCGUCGCUGCACGCGGGGAACAUCGCCGUGCGAGUGCAACUCCCUCCAAUCUUGGAGCCACUGCGCCGCGUCCUCAACAAGAUCCUGGAUGGGGCGACUACGACCGAGGACUGGGCUCUGCUAAUAGCCGUAGCAGAAGCAAUGGACAAGUUGCUGACGGGGGACAACCUCACGCACCCAGCCAAUGUUCUGGCAGUGGCAGCAGGCAGCCAUGACACAAAUCUGGUUGAACGUCCCGGGGGACCCACGACCUGGGAAACAGCCAUCAUCCAGAUGCAAGAAUGGGCUGCAGACCUUGAUGCAUGGCCAACUGCUCAUCUGCCCCAAGUUCAAGAAGCAGCAAUGCGACUGGUUCGGGGGAUCUCAGCACGAGUCCCAGAAGAGAAGCAAGGGCAGCCAAACACAACGGGGGAAUGGUGGCGUUUUGAAAGACACCACGGCAUGGGGGACCUCGCGCUCUUCCAUGGAUGGACGCCGCAGAGCCCAAGCAGCCCGCGCUCCCGGGGGACCAGACGACCACGCAGUCCCUCUUCAGACUCCAGUCACCGCCGCAGACGUGCCCUGGCCGAGCACAUGCACAACCACACGUGA